ACUGACCUGCGAGCGUGUGCGAGUUGUUUGAUUCGAAUUUUUGCAUAGCAGGCGUGGGCAGUGGAUUGUUCAGUAGAUAUACUACUGUUGAACCGUAAUAACUCUGAAAAAGUAAAGUGAACUAUAUUGGAUAAUAUAAGGUACCUUUGUUAAAAGGUAAUAAGCAUAGUCUACUACCAAAAAUUGCUGAUUUUAUCAUCAGAUUCACAAAUUGAGUAGAGUGAAGAUAAAUGAUAGUUAUACUAGUACCAGUUUGUGACAGUGUGCGGAACUAUGAAUUACAGUGAAUAGUAACGAGGAAUAUAAUGCGAAAUCUAGUACGUUUCGUUAAGAAUACUUAGUAGUAUCUAUGCAGUAGUGUGAGUGAAACCGGGAAUAAAAAAUUAGAAGUACGAAAUUCACGAUCGUGUUCAGAGGUGUGAGUGCACAGAAUUGUUGCAUCUUUCAAGCGGGAACGGGAGAUAGCAAAGCCGCAAUGUUUAUUUCAAUAGCUUUAGUGUAUAAUUGUUUUAAGCUUACGGAUGUUGAUAGAAGCAGCGAUAAGGUUUAAAAAAUCGAUAUUUUGUAAAAUCAAAAGUUGAAUUCUUGUUUGUUGCUGGACAACCGAAGAAUUGAGUUUAUAUGCCUUUAUUGCUUGACCAUUUUGAGCGUUGGAUGCAAACAAGUUGAAGAUGUUGGCAGAUGACCAGAGAGAUGCAACUUUGAUGGACUAGCAAAUCAAAAUGCCGAAAAAGUUGUGAAUUCACUUUUGAAAAGUUUUGAAUCUUUGCAACGCAUGAUCAACGAAAUACAGAUAGUAUACGAUUGGUUACCUGAAAGUUGGGUAUGUGAUGUGAUGAUCGUCGUGCAUUGAGAAUCUACACUACACAGAAUCAGUCACGUGCAACGCGAUCAUUUUCGGGCGUUAGUGCAAUAACAGGUCACGAGGUGUUGAAGUUCAUAUCGUAUAUGCUACGAAAAAAUAACUAAGAAAUUCAACAAUACAGAUCCGAUUAGUUCGAUGAGGAUCAAAGCGAAUAAGAGUGCAAUAAGUGUUUUUGACGACGUCAGUAGAUAUAUUUUUUUAAGAAUCCGGCUACAAAUUGAAUGAAUGAUAAAGCGUCGUAUACAAAUGUUUUCGUUCUUGUUAGUGUAAUGAAUUCUAUAAAUCUAAAAGUGAACAAAGCAAACCGUGUUAAGUAUUGAGUGGGAAUCGAUAUUUGCGCUUAUAUGGAAAUCAAUCUUUCAUCUGUCGAAGCGCAUUGUAAAAUUUGCUUCCCUUCUAUCGGAGACACAGUCAAUUGAUCAGAGGCAUCAGAGUUGCAGCAAUCGGACGAAAUACGGCUAAUGCUUUCAGCUGUGGAAAAUUUAGGAUCGGGCCGGGUUUAUCCCCAUCCGUUUCUAGGCAAGGGUUCACCAUCGUUGCUGGGGCAGCUUCCAUUGCCGACUGCUGGCUUACCUUUAUUAAGUCCGAGCCUAGCCGAUAUGUCAGUUGCUGAGUUUGUCCGACCUCACCCGAAACAACAGAGAUAUAACGAAGCAACUCGAAAUGGAUUACUAUCAUCAACGCGAACGAAAUACUCAGAAACACCACAGUCACCUCAGAGUGGACCAGUCAACCUAGCCGUUAGUCCAAAUCUUCCGAACUCUCUCAGUUCCAGAACAAUGAACGCUAGUAAGUUGGAUCAGUUUAAUCAUGAACUCCAUGAACGUGCUUUGCAAGCUCGUGCUCAUGCGCAGCAGCAACAGAUUCAGCACCAGCAGCACCAACAACAUCAACAACAACAGCAACGUCAUCAAGAACAGCAAAAGGAAGCUGCAGUAGUUGCAGUCGCUGCUGCGGCUGCAGCUGAUAUAGGGAAACUGUACUCACCCACCAACUCUCGUUUGUCAUUUUUUCCCAGUCCAUUGGAUGGCAGUUCCUUCGCUGGAUUGAACUAUGGAUUGUAUCCUUUUGGAUAUUCUGCAACGCAUUUGGAUACACGUAUGUUGGGCCGGACAACAUAUUUAACAGGCCAGCGAGACGUAUAUGCCACGUCGUCUUUUUUAGGCCCGAAUACAUUUAGUUCAACUGAAAACAAGACUAAGAUGUAUCCAUCAACCUCUUUAUCUCAUUUGAAUAGCCAAAAUGGCACAAUAGCUACCUCUAUUUCACAAAUACCUCAGGAAAAAAUCCUCGCUGAUGACCGAAAUUCGAAAAUACCGCCAUCUUCUAUGUCGUCAGCUCUCAUAGGUACUUACACCGAUCGAGAACGAUCCCAUCCCAACGGAUUAACGGGUGGUCCAGAACAUCCGUUGCAUAGCAAAUAUCUCAGCACACAUCAAACACACCCAGAAAAAGAUAAUAAACAAGAUCACAAACAAUUACAUCAGCACUCUAGUCACUUUCAGCAACUUCAGCACCCACUUUUAUCUGGUUCUAUUGUGACAGGAUCGCCGUCUCAAGGGCAUCAUGCUUAUUCUUCGCUACCUUCCUCGUCAGCAGUUUUUGUAACAACGCCAUCCUCAACGUCAAUGUCGUCUUCCAGCCAGCGUCAUCAUUCAGUGCCACAUGUAUCCUCUAUCACAUCUCAUCCUCAUGGUAAUCAUCCGCAUCAGCUAUCCGUAGAUAGUCAACGACUCGAGCAAAUGCCUCAAGAUAACGAAUUUAAGGUGCCAUCAGGAAAAGAAGGCUCAUUGAAGCAUCGAAUUUUGACGCGUCCAACCUGUGAUCGUGAUACUAGGCGAAAAUCUCCAAUUACGAAGUCUACAACUAUUUUUAGACCAUUUGAACACGGAUCGACAACAAACUUCACCAAGGGUGCAUUAAUUCAGCUAGCAGGAGAAUGCAAAAGAGUUGAAGACGUUAGAACAGAAGACUUAGUACAAACGGCCGAGAAGUCGUCAGACCUGAGACUGGCCGAAUCGACUGCGGUUAGAAUUACUCCACGUAAUAACAAUGUGAUAAUCACGUUUAGCUACAACGACAACCGAUCAAGAAUUGACAUCGAAGCAGCAAUAGAGCAUCCAUUUUUCGUAUAUGGACAGGGCUGGGCCUCGUGUAGUCCAGAUAAGUCUCUGCAGCAAUUCGGCUUGAAGUGCCAAAGGCUACAAGUUGGCGACAUUUGUCUCUCUCUUAUUUCUCGUGAUAAACCAAAAAUAGGCCUUUUCUCUUCCUCAUCUUCGUGCACAUCAUAUACGGCACUCUCUCAGCCACAUAUAGAACAACAUCAAUCGUCGAUGCAACAGUUACAUCAACACGAUAUCAAUGGUAAUCAUCAAUCAAGCCUGCAACAUCAGACUUCAUAUCAGAUUUCUUAUCCAGCGGAACAUUUGCGAUUGACCAGAGAAAAAAAUGAGCAUAACUACGACCAGGACGAAAAACAGAAACAGCAGUAUCUACCUCAAAACCUUUCACGGAAAACGCUCCCGCCCUCUUUGGUCGGUUCGGUUCCGAUAACAUCAGUUACUUCCCUUUCUUCCCGUUCACCCGCAGUGCCUCCGUUCAGCAGCUUUCCAACAGUGCCGGUUUUUUCAAUGCCAUUUUCUGCUGCCAAUUUAAGCAAACCUUACGAGCCUACGCGGUUACAGCCAAAAACAUCAUUCGAUUCACAACUUCUGAAUUCCAAGUCGUCGAGAACCAAUUCGGAUAACUUUCGCGAGUCAAACGAUCAACCGGUUGCGAUGUUUAUGAAUCGAUGUACUCUUCCAAAUUCCUCAUCAACGACUCCAUAUACUUCCUCUGUGAGCACAAUCAUAACCUCAACAUCAGUACCGUCAUCCAUUUUAAGCGCAAAUAGAGUUGUAACGAGCAGUACAUCACUACCGCCUAUUAAUUUUGCAAACGAUACUGAUGAUGAUGGUAUUAUCGAUGCAUCACUAUCUCGAAAACGACGCUGGUCCGCACCAGACAUGUGUGAGGAAGCUGGAGAAACAACGUAUGAACAAGUAGUACCAUCAGAAUCCUCGGUAGAAAAUUCAACCAAGGUUCCUUCCGGCAAAAUGUCUCAUGGUAAUUAAACAUCACUGCAUUUCAGAUGAUAGGGCGAUUGUUCAGAAUAAUUGGGAUUCGAUUUGCUCUCUUCGGAAUUGUUCUGAAUAUUAUAAGCUGUUGUUGAGUUAUAACAACGUUUUUUAGUUGAAUAUCGGUGUCCAUUUUUUGGUUAUUUUGAUUUAUACUGCAAAAACUUCAAUAUCCUUAACAGAGCUUGUUGUAGUUGAAUUGUAAACUUUAGAGUUCUGUUUUAGCUUUAUUGCUGGGUUUGCUGAAAAUUUUAAUGUUCUUUUGAACGAAUUCAAUCAAAACUAUUCUUUAAUCAUCUUUGUGUUUAGAGUCAAACCAAAACUUGAUGAUUUUAAUGUUCCAGAAAAGGAUACAGAAUGCCUUUGCUGUUUAUUUUUGCUAGUUAUUUUUUGGAUAUCGGCAAAAAAACAAUAUUAAACAAAAAUUUUCAAAGGAAGUUAGACUAGUAAAAUCAUGUUCAUUCUGCAUUGAGCUGGAGAUGUGAAAAAUGAAAAAGCGAAGUUCAGUGAAAAAUAGGUACUGCUAUUUGUUACUUUGUGGUAAUUUUUCAUGAAUGCACUAGAGAAAUGCCAUCGUAAGGGUGUAACGUGUUACGUCCAUAAUCACUUUGCUGUUGGUUCUGUACAGUUCUAGGUAGAAAUUUACAUUUAACCGCGGUUUCUGUAAUUACAUUUACAUGACAUUGGGAAAACAGCUGUCGCAUUCCGCGUUCGAUGAGGUUCUAGGUACACUGGUGAACAUAGGUUUUGCCCUAAAGUUCAACUGGAAAAAAUGAAAGAUUGUCCCCUUUUAACCAUGUUUGUGAAUUUUUGUGCUCCUAGCAAAAAUAACUUUUUUCAGAGACUCAAAUUAGUUUUUCGAUAAACAAACGUAGAAGCGGCAAAGCUGGCGAGCAAUUACCAAAAUUUAUGAAAAUUGUUCAAAAGCUCUUAUGUUUUUAAGGUCGUUUUUUUGAGCUUUAGGGCAGCUAUUUGCAUCGCUUUCGUCGACUAGUGGUUUGGAUCACGUUAUUUCCCGAGAUUAAAAAUGCGGAAAUAUAAAUCAUAAAUUUAUGUUACGGUAUUAUUAUGAUCGGAAUAAAUAUUCUACGAUUAUCAUCUUUGGAACAUCCUAAUCAUUUUAAAAUAUUCGCAAUUUUAAAUUUUAGGAACACGUUUCUAACCAUCAAAAGAUUCAGUUUUCUUUCGAAACAAAACGAAAGUAACGUUCGAAGUUUGGUUUUUUCAGUUGAUAUUAGCCCAUAAGCCCUCCAACAUAAAUUUACCAUGUUUCCAACAUUUUCCAACAAUUUCCAACAGAUCUAUAUUGGACUGUUUCACAUUUUUUCUAAACUAGAGAAAUAAUGUUGCAAGUAACUUGUUAUUUUGUUUGUAAUAGUACAGUUUUUUUAUUUUAAAUUUAAAUAUUUUUUGAGUUAUGAAUUGAUACAAGUAGGAAACUAUGUGCCUUUGGCAUAUUCGAGUAGGUUAGCAACUAAUGUUAAAAAAUGAAAAAGCUUAAUUUCAAAAAUUCCACGAAAAGUUUAUUUUUCCUUAGUUGAACAAAAUUUAAAAUCAAUUGAUUGAAAAUGAAAAAAGGAUACUUUUUUUGCUGGAAUUGCCAAAAAGUAGGGUUUUUUUAUCAACUCUCGAUGUUAACUUUGCUAUAGGUAGAAAUGAUAAGGCUUUCUUUUGAGGUGAUCAAAACAUGAUUCACCAUCAUUAGUUUGGCUGCCAUAUUAAAAGAGGAACCUUGGUGCUACAUUCCUAUUCGAAACUUAACGCUUUGUUUAUUAUACACAGACUUCACGCAGCUAACUGUUUAGUUUACAUUACGAUCCUACUGACACUAACAGUUUCUCCCAGGCCAUUGACAACCCUAUACCGCAGCGGUUCUCAACCUGGGGUACGCGGAAGCUUUUAGGGGAUACGCGAAAGAAAAAUCAGUAAUGGCGGACAAAGCAAUUUUUCUUUAUAAUACUUCUUUUUUUGUUUAAACUUACUCUUAAAACAUGAUUGUAGCAAUCAAUCAAACCAUUGUUCAAUUUGAAACCUGAAUUAGACUACGAAAACAUGAUCUACCACUACUCAAUCCCACUCAGCGAGAACAUUCCAAUUAGGGAUACCAUCCGUCCUGAUUUAGCAGGACAUGUUCUGAUAUUGAGACCCGUUUGGAGCGUCCCGAUUUAUUUUUCAUAUUAUAGCAUUUGUCCUGAUUUUUCUGAAUGAUGCCAGAUGUUCAGAAAUGUUGAAGAUUGUUCAGUACUUUUACUUUGACUCCAGUACGAAACGGACUCGUUUUGAUCGAUUUUUUUUGGUUGAAUUCUGACGAGAGAAAUUGUUUAGUCGUUGCAACCCUCAACUAUCUGAUUUUUAAGUCCUAACGCUAUCGAGCUUUUUACGCAUCAUAAUGGCGGUCGCUAUAAUGCGUGUUCGUUAUAUCUUUAUUCAUUUCGUCAAUCAGAAGUAGACAAUAUACAAUAUUCUAAUAUUCUAAUACAAUGUUUACUUACAAACUAUUUUUUUCAAUAAGCGUUGCGAUUGCGUAUUGAGCUAAAAAAGUGUUUAAGUUCAUGCCGAGACAUUAUAAAGUCAAUGGUUUCGCAGUAUUGAUUGUAAGUGGCCAUCAUGCGAUUCAAGGGUCCGAAUUUUGCAUAAUUUGUGUGUUAAUGAUUGGUGGCAAACGUAUUUCGAUUUCGAAGUUGUCUAUGAUGUGCGUAGAAAUUUAGCUAUGCGAACCUCUCUGCUUACGUCAGUUUUGGGAUUUCUGAGGAAUUGGCGACACAUACUUAGAUAAACAUUUCAAAAGAUUUUUCAAACGAUCACUUUCAUUCAAUCACCACAACUCAUCAAACACCUUUCAUGACACGUUAUUUGCACAAGUUGAUAGCGGAGGGAUACUCUAGCCUUCUGAACGAAAACUACGCUUGGGAGAGCUACUAAAGUUGAACCAUUACCGAAAUUAAAAUACGCUUCGGAAAAACGAUGAAAGCAAAUAGGACCUUUUGAAAUGUUUAUCUAGAUAUGUUGCCAGAUUUAUUUCUCUUUUGAUACUUACUUUGCAUUUUAGCGGCCGCCACUAUGGUGCGUAAAAAGCUGCAUACUAGUUUUUACAUAUCAUUUGAAAAAGCCGCGUUUUCUAGCAAAACGUGAUUUAAAAAAAAUGUUUAUCGUUUUCCUUCGAUUUUUAAAUGAAGAAUAAAAAAACUGCUCGAAACACCCUAAAUUACAUUUCGCACGGGUAUAUGGAAAAACUGUCAUUUAAGGUAUUUCGAGCAGUUUGUUAUUCUCCAUUUAGAAAUCGAAAGACAACGAUAAACAUUUUUCAAAAAUCACGUUUUGCUCAGGAAACUGCACUCUUUUAACUGAUAUAUAAAAAUCAGAAAACUGUGUAAAACUUUAUCUAUUAACGCCUAAUGAAUCAAAGUGGCAAAAUUGGAUCGUCUGAGAAAUACCUUAGAUAAAUAAAUGAGUGUUUUGGCGUAUUUUGAAGUCCAAUCUCAAAUUACGUGUUUUAUUUAUUGAUACCUCAAAAAGAAAACACCUCAUAUCAGAUUUGUACCGGAAAAAGUUGUCCUGAUUUUUAACCCCGACCAAAUGGUAACCCUAGGUACAAUUGAUUUUGUAAAUAUCGCCAAGGGGUACGCGGACAAAAAAAGGUUGAGAACCGCUGCUAUACCGAAUAACAUGAAAUAACAAUGAACUCAUGUCCUGGGCUAAAUCUCAUUUGUGCCCGCUGUCAGCUGUUAUACAAAGGUGUAUGUGAAGUGAUGGUCAUGUGCUAUCUCGUUUACACAUACGAUGAGAUGUUAGCCCUUAAAAAUAUGACGCGAAACCAUUGGGGUUGAUCUCUCUCGAGCUGAGACUCGAACCUACGACGACUGGCUUGUCAGGCCAGCAUCGUAUCUCGGGAUCAGCUAGGAGGGCCACCAUAUUGAGUUGUACCGAAAAAGCACGCUUUUCAUUACGUAUGCAACCACUGAUUUCAAAUAUGAGACUGUCAAACAAAUCUUGCAAGAUGCAUUUAUAAAAUUAGACGAGUAACGAAGUCAACCUGCUAAUACAACCUAAGAUAACCUACCUAAUACAAUGCUAAUGUAACAAAUCCGUAAUUUUCAACUCAUCCCACGCGAUCGACAUCAGCUGAUCGAAAAAUACUGAGUUCGUUUUUCAUUCAUGUGGUAUAUGCGGCUUUAUGUGCAUAUGUGCGUGUAAGUUUGAAUUGUGUGUUUAAGUCUUUACGUGUUUGUGUGCGUAAACAUGUAAGCAGUGAUGCCACAUUUUCAUCUGUACUUCGAAGCUCAGAAAACGUUACCUUGAUGAAAUUUCAAAAAAUCUGCAUUAAAAUCUGCAUAUGUACUGGACAUUAGGGUGGGACAAAAAAUAAAUGUUACCUCCCAUGCACUUUUCCUUAUGGGUCCCAUAACAACUGUGUAACUUUUCAGAUCGAUCGGUGAAACGCCCGUUUUGCGCCAGAUUUUUAAAGUUUCCAUACGAUUUUAUAUGGGAAAAUUCACUUUUACAAAACUUAUUCUCUAGAAAUUCCCAGUUGGGUCCUAAAAAUAUAUCGAUACAUGAUAUUUGUAGGAAAUUUUCCUGGGAAAAACUCUUCUGAAGACCGAAAGGCGCUACGAUGCUUGUAGAAACAGCUAUUCACCCCAAACUGAUUGAAUGUCUGACGGACGGCUCACAAUUGAAAUUUUCCAGCAACACUGCUGCUAUUGCAGACUUGCUUAAGUAUGGGAAAUAAUUUCGCGUGGAAUUAAUUUUCAAAGUGUGAUUUUUGCUCAUAGUAUCUUCGGGGAAGCCUCCAAGAUAAAUUUAAGCGAUAUCAUUUCUCAUCACAUGGUUGAAUUUGCAACAGCAGCAUGCUGCAGCAGUAUUGCUAGUAAAAUUCAAUGGUGAGCCGUCCUUCAGACAUUCAAUCGGUUUGGGGUGAAUAGCGUUUCUACAAGCAUUGUAGCGCCUUACGGUCUUCAGAAGAGUUUUUCCCAGGAAAAUUUCCUACAAUUAUCAUGUAUCGAUAUAUUUUUAGGACCCAACUGGAAAUUUAUAGAGAAUAAGUUUUAAAAAAGUGAAAUUUCCCAUAUAAUAUCCUAUGGAAACUUUAAAAAUCGGGCGCAAAUCGGGCGUUUCACCGAUCGAUCUGAAAAGUUACACAGUUGUUAUAGGAUCCAUAAGAAACACGAAAAGUGCAUGGGAGCGAAAAAAUAACACCAUCGCUUUUUUCCCAUAUAACCGUGUUCUUCUGGACAUGUUCCUCUUUAGAAAAAACGCAAAAUAGUUUGUUUAACAUAAUUUCGGCGACUCAUUCAUGCACACGCUUACGCGUAACAUAUAAAUAUAAUAAACCCUCCAACACGCUCAACAGCAUUUGAGUUCAUUUUCCUUUUCCAACUAAAUCAAGGAGUUUAAUUCGUGACCUCAUGAAAACCAGAAAAAUCUGUGUAUUUCUAUAUUAUUUCCAGAAAAUCUGUAAUCUGUAUAUGAGCAAUUCCCGCUGAGACUGGCCCACUAUUCACAUGAUGGUAUUGAAAACGAUUCAAGUAAUGUUUUUGGAAGCCUAUGUUGAACAAGUAAAGAAACUGCAUUUGGUUGAUCAAAUUGUUAAUUGUUGUUGUUAACUGGAAAUCAAUACUUUUUUAAUAUAUUCCGUUUUUCUUCAAAACUUGGCUCACCAAAAUUGCUCUAACUCUUGAAUCCCUUUAUGAAAUUACCUAAGCCAACAAAUCAUUAGAUAGGGAAAAGAUAGGGCCUUCUCUUGCAAAUAUCAAAGUGGGUAGUUGCCAUAUUGGAUUCGGCCGCAAUAUUGUUUUCGUUCAGAAAAAUUGUUUUUUGAAUAGGUGCCCACCCACCUACCUCUAAUUUUAUUAUUACGUUUGAUCAUGUUUUUCUACAUAAAAUAUGUGAAAAUUAGAGAUGUAUGUUGUCUAAAACGAAAAUAAUAAUAAAAUUACCAAAACACGUUCGACUCAACCGUUUGGUUUCUCGCUAAAUCUUACCUCACUGAUAAAGCUGUAACACAUUAUAUUCUUCAUAGAAUAUUUCCAAUAUGUAUGCAUGUUGUCUAAAACAUCUAAAAAGGGGAUUCAAAAGAUAUUCAAUUGAAAAUUGUCAGGCGAUUGUGACACUGUUUGCUUUCGCUUUUAAUUAAAAAUAAUUUUAUUCAACGAAGCAGGUCUGCAAUAUAAAAAUAAAUUUAACUUCGCGAUGUGGUUAGAGGUACAAUCAAAAGUGCACCAUAUAGGUACAGUUUUCAUCGUGUUAAUUUUAUUAAAUUUAAUUUUAUUAAAAUUAUUAAAUCGUGUUAAUUUUACGAAAUCGAAUUCAUUGACUGUUUUGUAUCAAAUACACUACUGUAAUGCAAUUCGAGUACGUAAGUAAUCUCAAUUUUGAAGAAGCUGCAGGCCAACUAAAACCAAGAAUUAAGCACGUCCAGACGAAACAGAGGACACACUCCCUUCAUUCUUUCACACCGCAAGGGGAAUAUUACCCUCUAUAUUAAUCAAAUCAAAACUUUACACACUGACAUAAAUAUACAUGUCUCUGUAUAUAUAUGCAAAAGAAAGUCUUUUCAUCUCCUUUCUGAUGAGAGGUGGGUUGAGAACAUUUUAUGAAGAAUAUCAUGUGUUACAGCAUUUUUAGUGAGAGAAGAUUUAACGAAAAUUCGAACGGUCGAGUCGAACAGGUUUUGGUAAUUUUAUUAUUGUUUUUAUUCAAACCAACAUACAUCUCUAAUUUUCACAUAAUUUAUGUAAAAAAGCAUAAUCUUUCGAAUGGAAUAAUAAAAUUUGAGGUAGGUGGGUGUGCACCUAAUCAAAAAUCAAUUUUCCUGAACGAAAACAAUAUGGCGGACAAAUCCAGUAUGGCGAUACUUGCCAAAGAAGGUCCCAUCUUUUCUCUUUAUAAUGAUAUGUUGGCUUAGGUAAUUUUAUAGAGAAACAUAAGAUUUAGAGCAAUUUUGGUGAGCCAAGUUUUGAAGAAAAACGAAAAUUUUUAAAAAGUUUCGAUUUUUAGUUAACGGGGGUCCAUCAAUUUAAAUAACCAAAUGCAGUUUCUUUACUUGUUCAACAUGGGCUUCCAAAAAAACAUAACUUGAGUCGUUUUGAAUACCAUCAUGCAAAUAGUGGGACAGUCUCAGCGGGAAUUGCUCAUAUACAGAUAUCUGUAUGAAAAUCUAUAUAAAUACAGAUUAAUCUGUGUAUGUUGCAUCACUGCAUGUGAAAGUGCUUUGAAUCUAAGCACAAUGGGCGUGGUAUUCUUUUUGUAAUAUCUGUAUCACUAUUCAAGCUGACAAUAAAUCGAUAGUACGUGUUAACUUCGGCUAACGUCCCCGAUUUUACUGACAAAUUUCUGAAACUCAACACAAUUUUUCUUUCAAUAAGCCGGUUUUUGAACCAAUAUAAAAUUCACUGUAUUGUACAACCUUUCAGUUGUUCUCGAGGCAAGAUCGCAAGUCAGUUGUCGUAUGCUCGAAUCUCAGCUACGGAAGAUAGUUAUAGUCAAUAGGAUCGUAGCGCUAGCCCUGCAAUUGGUUCUAUACUAACACCAUAGACAAACAAACGUGCCACUCGAUGACGAUUUCAUCGACCAAAAAAAUAUGCGUAUGCGCUCGAUUCUUAUACUCCACGAGGUUUGAUGUGGACACUACAGCAGCAGUUUCCAAAAAAGGGACGAACCAGAGCACAAUAUAGUGCCUUAAAACAGUGGGAAUCGGAAAAAUCCUAAGCUAUUUAUGAGAUAAAUCCCAGUUGACGACUCGAAUGGUGGUGCAAGGGUGUAACGUUUCGAAUAAGGACGAAGAUUUUUUAAGAUUUUUCUUCGAAGAGGCACGUCUGUUUGUCUGUGCUAACACUAAUAGUUGGAUGCGAAGUCUGUGUCGAAUAUACAGAAGGGUUCGGAUGUAGCCCUCGUACACACAUUACACGUAAACAUAUACGCACACACAUACCUACAAAGUUAUAUCACAGACAGACGUCCAAGAUCAACAUUGAUCGAAAAUUUUGUGGGAAUUUUAAAAGAGUAUUGCGUUAUAAAUCACUUGUACACUAGCCCCGCAUGGUGACCUUAUUGCCACAAUAUAUAUUCGCUGGUGUACUGAUAGCGCUAUCUGGUUACGAAUUGCUACUACAAAAAUCUUCACACAAGUUCAUAACUCAGCUCGGAUGUCUGUCUGUGGUUAUAUUUACCACAGGCGGCACCACAGGAUGACCUUGUUACCGAUAAACGUUUAUAUUAGCAGAAGGGUUAACUAAGGGCCAUAUAACAGAAUCUCCGACGAGUUACAACUCAUUUUAUUUUAAGUACAUGGUCGAGUCGAGUCUAUUUGACUUUUGUUAAUAAGGCUCUAAACUUGAUUGUUUACUUAUAAUUUUAUAAACCAAUUUUAAAUAAUUUUUUCUUAGCUUUUCAAUAGAGGUCCUAAAUUUAAAAUCGAUGGUAACGAAAAUGGAAAAAAAGAAUUUUAAAAUAAUGAAAUUUACUUCGAAUUCGUUUUCGCGGUGUAGCUACACCGUCCCGGACUAAACUUUUCAGCUUAAAAAAAAAUAUUUUCAGGGUAAUUGCACUGGUGUGCGUAAUAAUAAAGAAAGCUGUCAAUUUGUUUUGUUUUGGUCAUUAUCGCCAUUAUCUUUUUGUCUUAUUUCCAUUUCAUAUAACCAUCUCGCAAAUGUGCUGAAAAAAAUUUACCUGACACUUUACCACGUGGAACGAGAACCAAAAUAAACUACCAAAAGUACACUCUGCUUCUUUAGGGUGUAGCCCGGGACAAAAAAAGUGAAGUCAGAGACAGAAAAAGUGUAGUCCGGAAAGUGAAAAAUAAUUUCGGGGUGAAAAGUGUAGUCCAUGUGUAGCUACACCACGAAAACGAAUUCGACAUUAAGAUGGCGGCCAAUGAGGGUUACAGAAUCCGAUUUGAUUAGAGAAUGGUCAUGAGAUCGAGUCUUAGUAAAAUCAGACCAUACGGUGCAGAGCCUGACAAAGUCAUUUUCAAUUGAAAAUUAUCAGGUUAUAGUGACGCUUUGACCCGUCACUUUCAAUUGAAAAGCUUUUGUAUCAUUCUCAAGCUCUUCGUGAGUCACAUGAAAACUACUCUAAAGCUCUUGCUUUGAGUUUGACAACUGAAGGGCUAGAAACUGAUACAAAUCCGUUUCAAUUGAAAGAAAAGAUUAUCACCGUCACUCUCACAUGACGAUUCUCAAUGGAAAUUGCAAUGAGCGGUAACGGAGACAGGGGGUUUUCACACAGUACUUUGCGCAAAUAUAUGGACGAGGGAGAAAAGAAAACCGUAAGGGUAUGAAACGGAGAACAUCAAAACCAGUUUCACAAUCCGAAGUGGUUACGCAGUGAUCAAAAGCGAAAAAAAAACCGAAAUUUUGAUCGAAAUUUGUGUGACGUAUUUAUUGGAUGCCGUUGCCGUUUUGACUGUGGUUUGCGGUAUUAGAAAACUAUCAUCAAACGACGCGAUGCGGUGCUAGUUUCAAUUGAGACGCUGAAGAAAAGGAAAGAGUCUCUUUCUCCGUCACUCCGUCAAUUGAAAUAGUCAUCAGUUUCAUUUGAAAGGAUCCGGCGAACAACAGACGGGAAAGAGCGAAUGAAGUGAUUCGAUGACAGCAACCGGAAGGAAUCAAGUGGAAAUGAAACUGUUCGAAUCGAAGUGACAGCGCGGAAUAAUCAGUUUCAUUGUUUUGUUUCGAAAAUGUUGAGCCCUGAUACGGUGUCAAGAAGGAUUUUUACGCAUUGAUUCAUUUCAGGCUCCCCCAUCCCCCCCUUUGACCCUUCCAUUUCGCAUAAUUUUAAAAAAUGUCAGAAAGAUGAAUGUACUUAUAAUUGGGUUGUUUAGCUAUAUCAGUUUUUUAUAUCAUCUGAAGAAGCUACAUUUUCUAAACAAAACUUGAUUUUCAAAAAUUUUCUAUCGUUGUCAUUUAAUUUUUAAUUCAGGAAUUAAAACUGCUCGAAUUCGCUACAAUGACAGUUCGCCCAUAUACCAACUGUCAUUGUAGCGAUUUUUUUUUUCAUUUAAAAGUUUAAGGACAAUGAUACAAAAUUUAAAAAAAUUACGCUUAUCUCAGAAAAUUACACUGUUUUAGCUGAUACAUAAAAAUCAGAAAUCCGUGAAUAGCUAAACAACCCAAUUGCUGGCAGGACAAUUAACGAGGCUGAAAAAGAGCUGUACAAUCUGUAUAUAAGCAUCAGAGAUACCAGACUUUUUUUUGGCAAGUCUGUAUAAUCCAUAAAAAUGUCUGUAUAAGUCUGUAUACCGCUGCGAAAAAAAGUUACCGAUACAUUGAUACCUAAUUAUUUGUCGACCUGUCAGAUUGUUUUGUUUUAUUGCUUGUUUUGAUUGUUCUUUUUCGAGGCUAUCAUAGUUGGUAGAUUAAUCGAUAACUAAUUUAUCUUUUAAAUCUAAGUAACACAUAGAAGUAAGAGUCUUUCCCGUGAUAAAAAUCGUCGUUCGUCGUAAUGUAGCUAAACUGAUACAUGAUGGCAGAAGUCUCGCGGUUAUAAAAAUAGUACCUUCAAGGUUUGGGACAUUUUAAGCAAUUCUUCAACGUUGGAUAUUGCUCCGAAUGGAACAAACGGUCUUUUCACCAAUAUAACCUGCAUGGCAAUCGAUCGAGACAAUCAGCUGUUUGUUACUGGGGGCGAAACAGGCAGAUUAGUGCCCACGGGGCCGAUAAAAACCCCGAAAGCCUGACUCGAUUCCCGUUGUCAUGAUUUCACUCUCAAAAACGCAAGAUUAAUAUGUUCAGCAAAGUGUUCAGUUCCUAGUUCACUUUUUCCAGCAACGGCUACAGUGACUUUUGGUUUCUGUGUUCGUUUUUUUGUGUAUACUGGUAAAACCAUUAUGUAGAAUAUCAGAUAUCUGUGUAAUAUCUGUAUUAUACUAAAUGUCUGUAUAAAAUCUGUAGGCUUAUGCGUGUCUGUAUUGCAACACAGAAAGUCUGUAUAAUACAGAUUUGUCUGUAUAUCUGGCAUCUCUGAUAAGCAUGUAGAGCGAAGGGUAAGAGGUCAAAAAUGCUUCACUUGCUACGGUGGCAAAGUAAGCUUAGUCUAUGGCAACAAUGAUUGUAACACUUCCUUCUUUCUUUACCUAAGAUCGUAAGAGCGUAGCCGGCGCCGUGGUUCUUUGUGCAACUUCACUAGCUCAUUGGCUCCGACGACUUUGUUGAUAUUAGUUUGGUUUUUACUUGCAAAAGUAAAGGGAUGGAAGGGUAAGGGGACACGUAUAGCAAUUGACUGGGAUAUAUUACAAAAGUUUACAUCAAUGGACAACGUAAUUCUAAUUCCCUAACAAAAAAAAGGAUGGGAAAAUUUCUGCUUUUGUUUCCACACAAAAUUCGACAAUUGCAUAUGAGAACUCGCGUAGAUACGAACAGCCUUAAAAAUCUCUUUUAUUGUGUCAGGGGCCAAGGCCAAUAUCCAUCACGGAGUAGCAAUUAUGAAAUGUGCAGUUGAUCAAACUCUCACGCUCAAGCUGAAAUCUAGGAUGGCGACCAUAAUUUUGAUCACUUACUUCAAAUAAAACCUUUAUUAUUCCUCGUUAAAAUCAAGCGCUGUUUGUAGGUGGUUUCAUAGAUUUAUCUCAACACACUAACAACAAGAAAAAUUCAACUUUUCAAGAAUUGUUUCACUACUGAGGGCCAGGAAUCAAAGUUACUGAAGUAUCUGCAGGUAGAAUUUACGCUCAGAUAACCAUCGCCAGGAUCCAUUUCCAAUGAAAUUUGAUGUGCAUUUUUGUCGGCAGAAUCUGCAAACGUGCGAACAUUUUAUUAAGUAUGCAGGUUUUCAAGCUUUUAUUAUUUAUAUCUUAAGUCCAAGCUCAAGAAAAUAUAACCAUGCAAUCGUCAAGAUUCCGCUAUAAAUUACGUUUUCACUGAUUUUUUUUCUAGAAUGGGUUUUACUGGUUUCAGCCGACGGCUAUUUUAUUAUGUACCACAGCAUGUUCAACAAAAUGAAUGCGCACACCGAUUAACAUGUCUGAAAUAGGUCGCGUUCACUAGAAAAACUUUUCAAUGUUUUUUGUAUUUUUUAAGAGAUUUGUUGAGCGAUUUUUACUCAAAAAUUUGAACACGCAAGACCAUUUGCUUUCAAAUAAGAAGUAUCCGAUUUACGAUUCCAACAAAAAGUUUCUAAAGAGAUUUGUUGAGUGAUUUUUGUUCGAAAAAAAUAAAUUCGCAAGACUGUUUGCUUUCGAAUAAGAAGUAUCCGUUUUCAGAUUCCAACAAAAUUAAUAUGGUUUCCGAAUCAAUUAAAACGUAAUCUCAAUGCUGAGAGUGAUAAUGAAAAACCUCUUUUUCAAAUGUAACGUAUUCUAUAUGGUUAUAUUGAAUGUUACCGUUGUACUUGGUAUAUUGUUGUUAAAAUACGAGAAUGAUAAAUAUGUGCUUCAAAUGUCAGUGUAGAUUGGCUUCGAUUUUUAUAUAUAUACUUAUGUAAGUUCUUUCCUUCUAAGGUUUUUCAAAAAAACACUUGGAUUCUUAACACAUUGAUUUUUACUAAGUAUUUUAAACUACUUACGUCCUAAGACGAGAACAACCUCUACACACUUCAAACGUUUCACUGGAACUGAAGCUCCUGAAAAAUUAAUAUAAGUUCCCUACUCAUCGAUGGACUGGAUUACUGCUGCGUAAGGAUUGUUGGCUCCGCUCUGCUGCCGUCGCUGCUGUCGUUGUCGUCGUUGCUGCUACCAGCUCGGUUCUGCUGCGUCAGGGGUAUCAGGGGUACAACGUCCGUUGGUGGAGUUGUCGAUGUCGCCGUGUUGCUAUGCUGGAGUCGUUCUGGAUGCCGGUCGUUCACUUGCUGCGUCAGGAAUGUCGGGCGUCCAGUUGUUGCAUCAGAAAUGCCAUGUGCAAGGAUUUGCUGUGUCAGGAAUGGUGCGUCCGGUGUUGGUGUACAGUAAUGUCCAUAACUUCCCUCGCCUUAGAUUGAGACGUCUCGGGUCAACUUGUUAUGAUGUGCUGCUAGGUGUCUGGAUAUGGAUGAAAUCUCUAAUACCUCGUAUUUUUCUACUUAUGCAAAUGUAAAUAGUAAUUAUGAUCAAGGAUAAUAUGAUAAGGCUCCCAAGAUUAAUCGAAUUGUAUUGAUGAUUAGUAGUCUCCAAAAGGUUGAUUCUGUGCCGGUCAUUUGUUUGCAAUAAUUGCAUUUCUUCCACCGGGUCCGUCUUUGUUGAGGUUUUGUUGACUUCGACGAAAUGAAGUGGGAUAACGUCCAAUUUAGUUUCGAACCUAAGUGUCUUGCUAUCGUAGUGGGUACCUCCAAUGUUAAUGGAACAGUUGAAAAAUGUAAUGAAGAACGAUCCUGUUAGGUUCUUUGGUCCGUAGCCACAACUGUUUUGGAGUGUUAUUGGUUUUAUGACGUUCGUUAAUAGAAUGCCAUUGUUUUCUAAGACUCUUAUUUCUGGUUCUUUGAAGCUAUUGCUGAUAAAUGGACAUCUGCCAGGGUUUCCCCGCAAUAAUUGAUGAUAGCAUUGGUUUUUCGUAACGUUAACCAAGUUUUGACUGUUGCAUAAAAUGUUUUUCUCGAUUUGAAUGCAUUUCUCGUUUGUUAGAGAUGAUUCCGACUCGCUGAUUAUAGCGUACGUUCCAUUGACCUGUAUGACUUUUUGGUCAAUUGGGACGGUUUCAACUCGGAGUAGUUGAUAAUUUCCGAUUUUAAAUUUUGGGAUUUUUACCGCGAGUAUGAUAGAUGAACCAUUAUGGAAGGCUGAAGGUUCUAAAUACUCGUAAGUCUGAUCAUAACUACUGAUUUCAAUGCCUUGUGAGGUUAAGAGUUCUGUUGCAAAAUCCAAUUCAGUGGGGUAUAGUAAUGCUUUUGAUAUUACGCCCAGCCUGGAAAGUUGAAUGGACUCGAAGAUGGUUUCUAGUUGAUAGCGGACGUUGUCCAUAUUAAAAAUGAUGUUCUGAAGAUGUAGCAUGUGUUGCCAGUCUAUUGCCCUAUCUAAAUUUAGUCUAGCCUGUCUAAUGAAUCUGUCAACUUCUAUCGCUUGAUUAAAUGCUUGUUUUGUCAAAUUAUUUAGUCGUUUUUCAAAAAGAUCGUUAAUCUUCACUUGUUCAUUAUCUUCUGUAAUUAAAACGUUAUUUGAAUUCUUCAACGUAUUAAUUUGAUUGCUCAAAGUUAUAAAAUCUUGGCUAUCUAGAUUUCCUGUUAUGGAUUUCACUAUCGAUCCUAAAAUUUCAAUACUUCGUUUAUGUCUUUGUCUUGGAGUCAAAUUUUGAAAUACUACUUUAGCUUGCCUAACCUUUUGUUUUAAGAGUUCGGUAAUUUCACUAACUUGUGGGUUUUGUUCUAAUUCAUUUAUGGUUGUCUCGUAUUGCUUUAGAAUAGUAUGGAAUGCAAAUAGCUUAAAUUCAUGGAUAAGGGUAUGGUAGCCCUCCUUAAUGAAUACUUUACCGAUUCUCAAAGCGAAUAGUCCAGGGUGAUUGUUUAGGUCUGUUAUCUCUAGGUGUUGUGUAGGGUUGGGGUUGAAAGUACAGAUGAAAGGAAUUCCAAUGGAUAUGAUGAUGAUGAUGAUUAUGGAAGGGUUGAUCGUCUUGGUCAUUUUGGUGUUGCUAAAAUGAGAUUAUAAAAUUGGUAUUAGUAAAAAGUUAAGUUUUUCGUUUUCUUUUAAAUUUAGACUUGUGAAUUUUCCUAUUAUUUGUGUCUAAAACAUUAGUCUCUUUGUUUUCCAUGAUCUUGUUUUCUUUGUAUCGCUCUUCGUGUUUUAGAUUGUUCCUUUUUCGCUCGUAAACUGUCUCGUUUUCAUGGAAACGAUCGGGGUCUUCUCUAUUUUUGUUUGCUUUGGCCAAAAAUCUCUUUUUGUCCUCUAUUUGCUUGGCUGCAUAGAUCCUGUAUAGAGCUUCCUUUUGUCUUAUCCUUUCGUCAAGGUCUGUUGGGACUGAGUCUCCAUCUUUUAUACCAAAAAAUAAUUCCUUGGGUGUCAAUUUCGUUUGUGAGUGGAUCGAAUCGUUAUAGAUUGAUACUGCCAGGUUUAUUUUCGCAGUUUCGGUCAGAUUUUUCGUGGAUUCCUUAUUGGAUAGUAUGUUGUGAAGCUCUCUCAAGGUCCUGUGAACUAUUUCUAUAGUUCCAUUUGAGGAAGACUGACCCACGCUGGUAUAAUGGUACUGUACGUUAUUUUCCUCUAAGAACUCUUCAACGGCUGUUGAAGUAAAUGAAGCUUCCUGGUCCAUUACUAAAAGAGAAGGUUUUCCUAAAUUAGAAAAGAAAUGUGUUAAUGCCUUUAAUAUGUGUAUAACAUUUCGUGAUUUUAAAGGAAUAGCCAUUGACAUUUUGGAGAAUUUGUCACAUACCGUAAGAUAGUUUUUGUUGUUUAUUAUGAAUAUAUCCAUAUGCACGAUCUGCAAUGGUUUUGAGGGAAUUUCUGUAAGUUGGUAUUUCUGUUUAUACGGGUGUCUCUCAUAUUUCGAUUUCUGACAGAGUUUACAUAUAUUUAUAAAUCUAGUGAUUUUUUCUUUCAUACCAGGGAAAAAAUAAGUUCGUGAGAUAUGGGACUUGGUUUCGUUUAUUCCUCGGUGGUUUCCAUUAUGCUGAUUCUGUAUGAUCUGGUCUUGUUCUAAAUCGUCGGUUACGUCUUGUAACAAUUUUUGAGUCCAGAAUAUUUUUAAAGUCUUCGCUCUUGAGAAAUAAUUUUUGUAAAUUGUUUGUAAAUUUCCUAAGAUUCGUUCGUUGCAAUAAAGUCCAGUAGUGUGUUUCGUAGAUGUGUAUUCUUUCAAAAUAUUUAUCAGUACUGCAGGUCCGCAGUUCAUUUUCCUGAUUGUAAUUCUGUGAUAAUUUCUAAAAAUGGUUUCAGAUUGUCUACUGUCUUCGUUACUUUCUUCGAGAAUUAGUUGGUUCCUAAAUUCGUUCAGAGGUCUUUCUGUUGAUGGAAUAAAGUCAUUGUCGUCUGUGUCCGCUGAAUGUUGAGUCAUGUCAUCGUCUGUCGCUGAAUUGGCAUUAAGUUCGAUUUUUUCUGAUUCUAAAGUUAUUCGAGAGAUUGCAUCUGCGUUUCCGUUUAGGGUACCUUUCUUAUAUUUGAUAUCAAAUUCUAACUCUUCGAGGGCUAAUUUCCAAUGAAGUAGCCUUCUGUUCAAAUCAUUUUUCUGUCUUAACCACACCAAAGGUUUGUGGUCAGUUCGGAUCUCGAAAUGAGUGCCAAAAAUGUAAGGCCUGAAAUGUUUCGUUGCCCACACAAUUGCGAGAAGUUCUUUCUCUGUAGCCGAAUAAUUACACUCAGUUUCAUUUAACGUCCUAGAUGCAUAGGCAAUAGGGUGUUCCUUGCCGUCUUCAAAUUUUUGGGAUAAAACAGCGCCUAAAGCGAAGUCGCUAGCAUCUGUUUCCAAAAUGAAUUUUUUAUUGAAAUCUGGAUAUUUCAAUAUUGGAUCUGUUGUCAAAAGAUGUUUACAAUCAUUAAAACAACUGACAAACUCUUCAUCAUGGAUAAUUUUUGCAUCUUUUUUCAAGCAUUUUGUAAGAGGCUUGGUCAAUUUCGCGAAGUCUCGAAUAAAUUUUCUAUAAUAACCAAGAAUUCCUAAAAAACCCUUGAUCUGUGUGGUGGUUUUCGGUAUUGGCCAGUUUAGGAUUUUUUCAAUUUUGUUUGGGUUGGGUCUUAUACCUUCUUGGGUAACUAUAUGCCCUAAAAAUUCACAUUCUGUUUUUAAAAACUCGCAUUUAUCGAGUUGGACUUUCAAAUUCGAUUUUAUAAGUCUUUCCAACACCUUGUUAAGGUUUUCCAAGUGUUGCUGGAGAGAACUGCCAAAAAUGAUGAUGUCGUCUAAGUAGACAAGGCAACAUCUUCCAAUUAAAUCUCCGAGGAUAUGAUUCAUGGCACGUUGAAACGUUGCCGGUGCGUUCUUUAACCCAAAGGGCAUUCUGAUGAAUUCAAAAUGUCCCUUGUCUGUACUAAACGCGGUUUUUUGUCUGUCAAUUUUUUCAACUUCAAUCUGGUGGAAACCAGAUUUUAAAUCAAUUGUAGUAAAAUAGACACUUCUUCCUAAUUUGUCUAAAAUUUCAUCGAUGUUCGGGAUGGGAAAUUUGUCGUCGACUGUCUUCUCAUUCAGUUUUCUAUAGUCGACCACGAUUCUCCAUUUUUUCUUGCCACUUGCAUCGGACUUUUUUGGAACAAUCCAUAUAGGAGAGGUCCAAGGAGAGAUAGAAUGCUGGAUAAUGCCGUCAGCUAGCAUCUCAUUAAUUUGCCUUUCUACUUCUGCUUUGUGGAUGUUGGGAUGUCUGUAUGUUUUGGUGUGUAUAGGAAGAUCGUCUUUUGUUUUGAUACUAUGCUUAAUAGCAGUAGUGCAAGAGAGUUUUUCAUCUUCACGAUGAAUGAUAUUGGAAUUCAGCCGGAGUAUUUUAAGAAGUUUUUCCUUUUCUUCCAUAUUCAAAUGCUGUGUUCGUAUAAGGUUUUACAGAUUAUCUAAUUGAUUUGAGCGUUCAGAGCACACUGUAGAACUCGAAUGAUUUAUCUCAAUUAAUUCAGAGACUGGCAAUGUUUCGACUGGAGUUUUCCAAAAAAAUGUUACGGAGUCGCCUAAAUUUGAGGCAAGAGCGCUAAUGUAGCCAUUUUUCGCCUGGUAUAAGCCAGAGGGUACGAUAGCAUCUCUAAUUUUGCUGUCUUUUCGUAAAA